AUGAAAAUGGAUGCUUUUUCAUGUUUUGGAGUUAGGAAUAAGAAGAAAUCAGUUUUAUUAAAACAAAUGCAAGCAGAGGAAAAAGAAGCUCAAUUAAAUAGAAAUUACUUUAAUUUAUUAUCAACUGAAUUAAUUCUUUAUAUAUUAAAGUAUAUGGGAACACAUGAUCUAUGUAUUCUUGCAAGAAUUUCAAAAAGAUUUAGAGAAUGUUGCUACGAUAGUACAUUAUGGAGAACAUUAGGUUUUAGUUCUGAAAUGGCAAAGAAAAAGAUUGAUUCAGCAUUAAAGAAUAUGGAGUUAACAUCAAGAUUAGCCUCAGUUAGAUUAAUCAACUUAAACAAUUUAAAUAUCAAACAAAAAACAAUUGAUUAUAUCGUCACUCAUACACCACAACUUAAAGAGAUUAGACUUCACAACCUUAGAUUAACCGAAAAAACUUCUAAAUUAUUGGUUGCAAAAUGCCCAAACCUUGAACAAGUCUAUAUGGAUGGCGGUAGAACAAGUGAUGAAUGUCUUGAACUCUUGGCAAAUGGUGCUGUAAAAUUAAAAUCUAUAAAUCUUCACAAGGUUGAAAAUAUUACAACAACUGGUAUUUGUCAUAUCAUUAAAAAUACAAAUCUUAGUUUUCUUAAUUUUAAUGGUAUUUCAGGUUGGGAUAUUAGAACACUUGCUCCAUAUUGUGCACAUUUUACAUCAAUGGAUUUGGGAUCAAGUAAUAAUUUAUCAGAUGAUGAUUUGAAAGCAUUAACAAGACAAUGUAAAAAAUUAAAAUUCAUUUCAUUAAAGAGUUGUAAACUAAUUACAGAUCAUGGUGUUUUAGAGUUAAUUCAUGAUUGCCCACAAUUAAUGGAUUUAAAUUUGGCAUCAUGUAGCAAAGUUACACGUACAAGUGUUCAACAUGUACUUCAAAAUCUUCAUAACUUAACAACUCUAAAUCUUUCAUCCUUUAAGAAUAUUCACCCAAUCACUUUCCCAAAGAAUCCAUAUAGACUUUUAAAUACACUCACCACCAUAGACCUUUCAUUUACCGAUGUCAAAGAUGAAGAUAUAUUCCAAUUGACAGAAUAUGCUGCAAACUUGAAGAGUUUACGUUUGGUAGCUUGUGUUGAAGUAACCGAUGAGUCAAUGUUGAUGAUAGCAACUCACUGCAAGAAAUUGUUUUGUGUUGAUCUAUCUCGUGAUCAACAACAAUCCUCAAACUACUCAACAAGUAAAGGUCCAAUGAAAAUAACUUUUGCAACCGUCGAAGCAUUGUUUUUAACUUGUCAAGACCUUCAAAAAGUUGCACUCUCUUAUUCAAGUAAGAAUAAUAUAACAAAGAGAAGUGUAAUGGAAGUUCAUGAUCGUAGAGUUUCUUCAGGUUUAAAAAAUAUUAAUUUCACUUUAAAUGAAGAAUCAGUUAAUAACAGUGCAAUUAUUAAUAAUUCUAAUCAAGGUAGUAGUAAUAGUAUUAUUAAUAAUAAUAAUAGUAGUAAUAAUAGUAUUAUUAAUAAUAAUAGUAAUAAUAGUAUUAAUAAUAAUAAUAAUAAUAAUAAUAAUAAUAAUAAUAAUAAUAAUAAUAAUAAUAAUAAUAAUAAUAAUAAUAAUAAUAAUAAUAAUCAUAAUAAUAUCAACAAUAAUUAUAAUCCACCAAUACCAAUCCCAUUUAAUAAUAAUAACAAUAAUUAUAAUAAUAACAAUAAUAAUCAUAAUAAUAACAACAAUAAUAAUAAUAAUCAGAACAAUAAUAAUAAUAAUCAAAAUAAUAAUAAUCAAAAUAACAGUAAUCAAAAUAAUAAUAAUAAUAAUAAUAAUAAUAAUAAUAAUAAUAAUAAUAAUAAUAAUAAUAAUAAUAAUAUUAAUAAUAUAAAUAACCCAAAUUUUUAUAACCCUAUUAUACCAAAUAAUAAUAUUCCGAUCACCACAAAUAAUCCUUAA